AUGCUAUUCAAAUCAUUUGUCGUGUUCGCGGUGGCCUCGGUGUCGCUAGCUGCGACACCGCAAGGCUUCCAGCCCGCGACGGAGAGCCCUCUGAUGGUCUCAUAUAAUGGGAUUGACGCCAGUGGUGGCAAGCAGGUCGCGAAGGAGGUUUCGCAAAAGCAACCUCAACUCGCGAUGGCCACCCGUCUAACAGGAACAUCGUAUGCUGUAAUGAUGGUCGAUCUGGACAUUCCAACGACUAGCCCACCCCAGACAAGCACGUUGCUCCACUGGAUGCAGACUGGGUUGAUACAGAGCAGCACUGCGACCGUGAUGAACACCACAGCUGGAGUUGCCAACGUUUAUGUCCUUGAAAUGCCUGGUGCUAUCGCCGCUGCAGCAUCAUAUAUUGGACCUGCACCGCCGGCUCGCACGCCACUUUCUCAUCGAUACACUCAAGUUCUGAUUGAUACUUCUUCAGCAUCGCCAGCAAGUAUGUCGGUGCUCAUGCAAGCAGCGCAAAGCCGCCAGGGCUUCAACGCGGAGCAGGUUCUGACACAGGCUGGUCUUCAAAGCAAGGUUGUGGCAGGAAACUUCUUCAUGGUGACAAAUCCGGGACCUGCCGUAGAUUCGACCACUAGCACUGGAACUGGCACCAGCGCCGGCACAAACACCAACACAGGUACCAGCACAGGCGUUACCACUGGGGCGACGAUUGGAAAUUCGACGACAGGUACUGGUCGAGGUACCGGUACUGGUACUGCUGAAGAGGCAGCGAGGUCCUCCACAACAUCGCCAUUCACGACGGGAUCAGCUGUUUCGAGAGAAGCGAACCUACUGUUUUUAAGCAUCGCUCUUGUAGGGGCUGCUUACUUCAGCCUCUAG